CCCCGGCGUCCACUACGUCGCUCCCUCAGACCCCACUGGUUCCCGCCAUUACGUGGGUCUUGACGUCGUGCUUUCUUCAACUACGUCGACACCAUGACGGACAAUCAAUAUUCAAGUUAUCAGCAGCAAGGCUACAGCCAAUACAGCCAGCCCCCACCGAGCGGUGGACAAGAUACAUCGUAUCCUCCACCAACAUCGGGCGGUGGCAGCUACAAUCAGUACAGCCAGCCUCCCCCGACCGGUGGUAGCUACGGUAACUACAACAGUUACAGUACCUCCACCGCUCAGGAUUACAACCAGACCCAGGGACAGGGUGGCUACACCCAGGGAAGCUACGGAGCUACCUCUGGUAAUCAGAGCAGUGGAGGCGGUGGUGGCAGUACUGGUGGCAAUAAUUACGGGGGAAGCAAUUACGGAGGUAAUUCAGGGGGUGGAUAUAACCGUGGCAGCUCUGGAGGAAGUUACGGAGGACAAAGCGGAGGUGGUGGUGGCGGUGGUGGUGGGCGUUACAGCGACCGUGGGGGUUACGACCGCUCGAGCGGUGGCGGUAGUUAUAACAGUGGCGGUGGCCGUGGUGGUUAUAACAAAGGGGGCUUUGGUGACCGGAAUGGCGGCAAUGACGGGAUGGUCGUGCAAGAGGACACUAUUUUCGUUUCGGGAAUGGAUCCAGGGGUCUCUGAGGAGGAAAUUUGUCAGCAUUUUGGGGCUAUUGGGAUCAUCAAGAACGAUAAGCGCACUGGCAAACCAAAGAUUUGGGUGUACAGAGACAAGAACACCGGCAAGCCGAAAGGCGAAGCAACGGUGACGUACGACGAUCAGGAUGCAGCACGCUCUGCGAUCACUUGGUUUGACGGCAAGGAUUUCAAGGGUUGCACGAUAAAAGUGCAGAUGGCUCAGCACAAGAGCAACUGGCAGGGAGGACGCGGGGGUGGACGAGGUGGUGGCACAGGCGGUGCUCCUGGUGGUGGUGGGCGUGGGAGGGGAGGUUUUGGAGGUCGCGGGGGUGGAGGAGACAGGGAUGGGGGCGAUCAUCAUCGCGGCGGCGGUGGGGGAGGAGACGACAGGAGAGACUCCGGUGGUCGCGGAGGCGAUUGGAGAUGUACAAAUCCCGACUGCGGAAACACAAACUUCGCCUGGCGUGACGAGUGCAACCUCUGCAAAAGCUCGAAACCAGAAGGUGCAGGAGGUGGUGGUGGUGGUGGUGGCGGCGGAGGUGGCCGAGGAGGUCGUGGUGGAGACAGAGGUGGACGAGGUGGUGGUGGAUUCAGGAAUGAUCGUGGUGGACGUGGUGGUGGCGACCGAGGUGGCAGAGGCGGGGGUGGAGGAUUCCGUGGGGGUGACAGAGGUGGCAGUGGAGGACGUGGACGUGGAGGGCCCAUGCGUGGAGGUGGCGGACGCGGCGACAGGGACAGGGAUCGCCAGCGCCCGUAUUGAGCAGCCAAUUAAUGAUGGCAAUUGCUCGCAUCUACGAUGACAGAAUGUGUAAAUUUUCUUUUAACGAUAACACGAAGUUUCAAUGUGUUAUCGUUAUUACAUCUACAUUAGUAUUUACUCCAUCACUUUUCAUACAUGAAGGACUAAUCGAUUACACAUGAUUUUUCUUUUUUUUUUCAUAACGAGUUGUGUAAUGUAUGUGUAAAGACUAGAUUUUAAUAAAGUGAAACACAUAAUAUAGACAAA